UUAAGCUGUGGUGCCAGAACUGGCGCAAUGGCGGUGUAUUGUUGAAUGUAUUUAUAUUUUAUUAGAUGUUUAUUUAUGUAAUAUUUGUUAAGUUAUUUAAGAUUACUAAACAUAUAGAUGUCGAUACAACAAAUAGGCUCAAGGGCUGUUACUUAAAAUAAUUUGUGAGGUUACUUUCAUACAGUUUAUGUAAGUGUUCCCUUACGAAAUAUUUAUCGCUAUUGCGAAUUUAUGGUAAUUUGAAUUUAAUGAGUUUCUACAGUAUAAAAUACGCGAAUAAUCCAUUGUUAGAGUUUAAAUUGGUUUAAAUCAAUACAGCAGUUUCUACAAACAAGGUCGUUGGGCUCAAUACCGCAAUGAUUAAACGAUCGGUCAUAUCUACGUAACGAAAUGCUAUCAACACUGUCGGAGUACAAAGUUCGAUAAGAAAACAUGACUGUGAAGUCGAAGCUUCUUAAAGCUUUAAUUCUUGGUGCUCCAGCAUCAGGAAAAGGCACCAUAUCAUCACGUAUUGUAAAAAGAUACAAUGUAGAACACAUAUCAAGUGGAGACAAACUCAGAGACCACAUACAAAGGCAGACGGACUUGGGAAAGGAAGUAAAAGCAUAUUUGGACGAAGGUAAACUUGUGCCAGAUAAUGUAAUGAUAAAGUUUAUGAUUACGGAGUUAGAUAAGGUUCCUAAUAAGCCUUGGUUAUUGGACGGUUUCCCAAGAACAGUGGGGCAAGCACAAGCCCUGUGGAAGGUUCAGCCAGUUGAUGUGGUUUUGAACCUUGCUGUACCUUUUGAUGUAAUCAUAGACCGAGUGAAAAACAGAUGGGUGCAUUUACCAUCGGGAAGGGUGUAUAACAUUGGUUUUAACACACCAAAAGUUGACGGCAAAGAUGAUAUCACAGGAGAAGACUUGGUCCAACGACCAGAUGACAAGCCUGAAGCAGUUAAGAAAAGGCUUGAGAUCUACGACAGUAUAACUCGGCCUGUAAUUGAUUUUUACAAGGAUAUCGGCAUACUGAAAGAGUUUCCCGGACGCACAUCAGAUGAAAUCUGGCCAAAAGUCACAACUUAUUUAGAUCCAAUAUUUAAGAUGUAGAUGUAGUAGUAGCAAUGGUUUGUAUUGCUGUAGAUUAGUAAUGUGAUGGGUGCUAAGAUAUAAAAAUGUUAUAUUUGUAUACUGGUUGCUUUUUAUGUAUUACUUUGCUAUUCAAAAUAUUACCAAUAUACAAUAAUGUAUGCGUGAUAUACAAAAUAACUUUAUUAUCAUGUUUGUGAUAAAUUUGUUGAAAAGUAAAUCAAAUUUACUUUGUGUGGAUUUUUGUUAUGUUUUAAUUUGGUAUACAAAAUUUUAUGGAAUUGUAUGUGUAUAGUUAAUAAUUGUAUAUGGGUAUAUUUUUAUUUUACAACUUUGUUCUUAAUUUUGUUCUGUUACAUGUUAAGUAAAAAUGGCAAAUACAAAACAAUGAAUAAUUAUUCUGACAAUACUAUAAUUGUUCUUAUAUAGUGUGUAAUGUAUUCACAUAAUGCAAUAUUCAAAAUACAAAUCAAUAUGGUAGCUCAACAAAAUCAAAUGAAUGUUUUUUUCAUUUGCAGUUGUCUAUAAUUGUCUUACAAAAUUAUUCUAAUUUUAACAUAUUCGUGUGAUUCCUCAUUCAAAUUAUACUAAAUUGGGUUCCUGUUUUCCAAUAUCUUAUAAAAUGUACUUAAAUUCGAAUGUAGAAAGGCAAAGCUGUCAUUAUAGUGCCUUAUGAAGGGCAAUAUUUAUAUAAAUACAGAAGCUUGAAGGAAUUGUUAUUGAUGUAGAGUGUAGACCUAGUGUAGUUUUAGUACAGUGAUAUACAAUACAUAUUGUUAUUGUAACAAAUAAGCACAAAUAUGUUCACAACAUUAGUAUUAAGUUUUAUUUAUUUUAUAUACACUUUAUAUUUUACUCUUCAUAUGUUAUAAAUUUGCUCUGUACUUGUUGUUUUGCCCGAAUAAACACGUAUUUACGUUUA